CUAUUAACUAGGUUCUUGGAGAGGAAACAUGAAGAGAGAAGCUUUAGACUGCUGUCUCGUCUCCUCUGACCUCGAGUACACACGGCGGCGCGCACCAGCCCCUGAGACCGAGAGGCAAACACAGAGCGUCCGGAGAUGGCCAAGCAACCGGAGGUAAUUAGAGACAAGGCCUGCAUGCGUUCCUGGUCGAGGUCGCACAGAUGGAAGGGCAAAACCCUUGCCCUCGUCCCAACCAUGGGCUUCCUCCACCAGGGCCACCUCUCCCUCAUCCGAGAGGCCAAGGCCCACGCCGACGUCGUCGUCGUCUCCAUAUACGUCAAUCCUGGCCAGUUCGCUCCCUCCGAGGACCUCGCCACCUACCCAUCCGACCUCCACGGCGACCUUCAGAAGCUCGCCGACGCGGAAGUCGACGCCGCCUUCUGCCCCUCGAAUCUCUACGAUUGUGGAAGCGAUGGGGUGCCCGGGGGAGGGGGUUCCAGCGGCGGCGAUGAGAGCACGGCGGUUUCUUGCCUCGAGGCCGGGGAUGGUAGGGUUAGAGCAGGUCAUGAGACAUGGAUUAGGGUCGAGAGGCUGGAGAAGGGAUUGUGUGGGAAGAGCAGGCCUGUCUUCUUUAGAGGGGUCGCCACGGUUGUGGCCAAGUUGUUCAACAUUGUUGAGCCUGAUGUCGCGGUCUUCGGGAAGAAGGACUACCAACAAUGGCGUAUUAUCGGUCGGAUGGUUUGUGAUCUUGAUUUUGGAGUAAAGGUAAUUGGUUCAGAGAUAGUUCGGGAAGCUGAUGGGCUUGCCAUGAGCUCUCGCAAUGUGCACCUCUCACUUGAAGAGAGAGAAAAGGCAUUGUCCAUCAACAGGUCAUUAUUACAAGCUAAACUUUCUGUGCAAAAGGGGAAACACAGUUGCCAAGACCUGAAAAAUCUAGUAGUUCAGACGAUAACUAAAGCAGGUGGUAGAAUUGAUUAUGUUGAGGUUGUGGAACAGGAAACUCUGAUUCCGGUAAAAGAGGUCAACAGCUCGGUUGUGGUAUGUGUUGCUGCUUGUUUUGGAAACGUUAGGCUGAUUGACAAUAUGGAAAUCAACGUGUGAAGCAGAGUGCAUUUACUGAUGAUUUAUUCAGAACAUUGACAAUGAGCUCAGUCAAAGCACAACAAAAUUUUUCCAGCCAAUAAAUUCCCAGUUUUGAUUGCUAAUGGAUCACUAAAAGAUACAGUGUCCUCCCAUAUUAGAUAAAUAAAUGAUUAUUUUUUUGUAAACAGAUAACUCACAUAUGGUAUGAAUUUUUUAAUUGGGAGGAUCCUUUUUUAUCUCCUUCAGAUGCUGAAGGUUAGCUUUCUUGUUCUAUCUGCUGUAUUUCAGGGUUUAUCUGUGCGUUGAGGGGCUCCCUCUAAGUACUAUUACGAAAAUUUAGUACUUUUACGUUGUUAUAUCAA